GAAGAAUGACGCGCUCCACAGUCUGCUCAGGUGAGCCAGGUGUGUCCCAGCUGCUCGUGGGUGCAGGCGCGCGACAGGAACGUUUCCUGUGUUUGGAUUUUAUUUCUUUUCUGAGCAGAGAGAAGAAGAUCGAAGUGGUUUCCUGUGGGUGAUGUCUCCUCGUGCUCUGAUUGGAGCUGCUCUGCUGCUCUGUUUCACAGGAGGGUCCUCAGUUGGUGUUCUGUCACAGACGGUCCAGGCUCUGGCAGGCGGGGAUGUCAUCCUGCCCUGCAGUUUCAACACCAACGGCGGCAAGGACUUUCCAACAACGGUGGAGUGGUCCAAAGAGGGCCUGCAUCCAAACGUCAUCUUCCUGUACAGGGAUCGCUGUGAGACUCAUGAGAUGAAGAAUCCCGCCUUCGAGUACAGAACGAGCCUCGUGACGAGAGAACUGAAGAACGGAAACAUCUCUUUGAGGAUCUCUAACGUGCAGCUGUCCGAUGCAGGGACGUAUCGGUGCAUGAAGAUGUGGAGGAACGCCCCGCGGGACAUCACAACACUGGAGCUACUCGUCGGGGCGGUUUCUGAGCCAAGACUCUCCUUCACAUCAGCUGAGAGCGGAGGCGUGGCUCUUCAGUGUGAAGCCAACUGCUGGCAUCCUGUACCUGACAUCACCUUUCUGGAUCAUCAGGGAAAUGAAAUCUCUGCUGCUGAUGAACAGAGAAAAGUUCAAGAUGGCCGAGGAUGUUCCACAGUGACACGACGAUUGACUCUCCAGGAAGCGACCAAAAGGGUCGCCUGCAGAGUAGACCAGCCCAACACCAAACAGACCAGAACCACAGAGACCCUCAUACCAGACGGCUGCAUGAGAUCAUGUUUUCAAACCGCUGGCAUCGCCGCCGGAGGGACCCUUUGUCUUCUGUUGACUCUGUGUGGAUUGGCUUUCUUCUUCUGGAAGAGGCGGGGCAAAUCUGGUGGAUUCAGAGUGAGCAGGCAGUCUUCAAAUGAAAGUGCAGCUCGGGGUUCCUUUGAGAACCAGUCGUUCCUGCAGGCCGUCACCGUUGACAACAUGGACAAUCUGUCCCGAGAGGUGGCUGACCUCAAGCAGAAACUUCAGGACACCAUCCGCCAGCUGGAGGUCGUCUCGGGGGCUCCGCUCAUUUCUUCUUUUGGCGGCCUAACAGCAAGCGGCGCUCCAGAGCCGACCCCCAGAGAACACCGCAUCGUCAGCAACCCCGAGGUGUUGAACAUCACUGCGUCCCUUCCUCCUUCAGCCGACACCUCGAAGAAGAAUAGGUACAGCUUGGACAGUCAGUUGAUGAGUUCAUCUUCAGCUCAGUACGCUCCGGACGCUUCCAGCCACAGGCGUCGACACUCCUCAGUGCUUCCACGUGCUUUCAAACUCCACUCGGGUCUCCAAGAAGAGUCCCAGCCCUUCAUGUGAUGAGAGCGCCCCAGCAGAGCUCGCUGCUUUAUGAACAUGUUGUUUUACCCGAUGAGUCAAAAUAAGAUUCAGUAUUCCAGCCUGAAGAUACGUAGACCCUCACACAGACUUAAUUUAUUGAUUCAUAUUAAUUGUACUUUUUAAUUCUUUGUAUUUAUUGUGAACUCAGGAAUUAAACGUUUGUGUCUUUUUACA